AUGUCUCGUUCUCCGUCCCCGGGUCUCAAGCGGGCGAAGAGGACGUAUGGUCGGCCCGGGACCGUGCUGGAUACGACAGCUCCUUCGACGCCGCAGCUACCAGUCUCGAGUGCAUUUGGCGACCUUCCACCAGACUCUGAUGACCGCGACGCGUCAAACGCGUCGCCCCUGCGAGAAGACGGGUCGGACGGGGAGGGUGGUGGAGGCUUCACAACGGCGCACAACCAACGGGUACCCUCGCCUACCUUUGCUGGCCCCAAGGAAGUCACUGCGUCCGAUGGCCUCUCGGGCCGUCUCCCUGCAUCUCCUCACGAAUCACCCCCCACUGUUGCUGUACGACAGCAUGCCGAAGCUUCAAGACCUGCCAUUCCCUCAGACGACAUAUCCCCUACGUCCUCGCCACACCAUCCCAUCAAUACGCCCAAGACGCACUCUUCAUCUUCACCACCAACAUCUGCGGAGGCACCACCGGCGAAAGGCAAACGACCAGCUCGAAGUGCAAUGCAGAUACAUUCCAGCUCCGAGGAUGAUGCUCCCAGCGAGGCCAAGCCCACGUAUAAGACAAGACGCGCGAAGGCCGGUGGGAACAAAGAAGCUGCGAAGCGUACUAAAGCUCUUUCAAAGAAGGAACAACUGGAAAUGCACAAGGCAUCUGCACGAAUGACCGCCGAGCAGACCACCGCCAUUCCGCGUCGUCAACAGAAUAAAUACUCAGUGUCUCAGCUUGGACAUCGAUUCAUUCCUCCAAAAGCACCCGCGUCCGCGUUCAAAGAACACACUCGUUCUCCGCACUUACCCACCUCCGAUCCCAUUCAACCGUUUUCGUCGCCUACGAACACUCUAAGCGCUCUAAUGGAUCUCCCAGUCCCAGCCUCGCCCACUACUCCCCCUCCUCCUCAAGCGAGGCUCUCCCAGACACAGGCUGAGAAGCUCUACCAGGAUCCUGGUCACCACUUGUCCGCAUCUGACGACGACGACGAUCUUCCCGACGCGAAGGAUAUUGUUGAGGCGCAACUACGCGCUAAAGAUCUGCAUAACUUGAAGAUGGGCUGGGUUCAGCGUCAGCGUCAACAAACCCCUCCAUCUGACGAAGGUGACGACGACGACCUCCUGAUUGAGGAUGAGCCCAGGUCUGCCAUCCGAGACGCCGCUCAAGCACGCCGUCAUGAGCUCGCCUUGGGCUUGUCCCCUUCCAAGGGCCGCAAACAGCAGCUCAAGCAGGCGGGACCAAGCGCUCGCAAAGGACUCAUCGCUGGCGGAGACGAGAAACGCGUCUUGGCAAUGCUAGCUACAUCCACGUUCAAGAGCGGCAGCCUUCCUUUGGAAACGAAGAACAUGACGCAUCGGCAGCUGAAUGAGUUUUUGGCGAAAAUGAUCGAGAAGGACAAGGUACAGGAGCGACGGAGAAAAGAGGAAGACCACAUCCGUCGUGGGGGUCGACUCAAAGAACAUGCUGAAGGAAGUACGAUCAAGAACGCUUCGGAGCCUGUUCAGGCUCUGGAACAGAUCAGACAGCGUGCAGCGAAGAAACGACGAGAGGUUCGCGUCAUAGAAGACAGCGACGACCAAAGCGACGGUGAUUAUCAACCCGACACUUUGGCCACUGAUGACGACGAGGGUGGUGCGGGCGAGAACGACCCUCCACGCGCGGACACCAACGAGGAGGCUGACGACGAAGAGGACGACGACGAAAACCCUUUCCUCCCCCCUCGACAUCAUCGGCGCACACGUGUUCCAGCGGCAAGGGUGGUGGGCUCCGACGACGAAGAGUCCGAAAACCGGCCCGUGCCCCCAACGGCCGGGAGCCGCGCUCGCAACGACUUCGUUCUCAGUAAUGCGUUCGACCUCAUCCCCACAGAGCCUACAACAAGUGGAAACACGGCUCCACGGGGCUCUGUCUCAUCAGCCGGAGAACACACAGACGGAGCACACACCGAGGAUGGGACGGACAAGGAGAACGAUGCCCGACUCAGCUUCGACCGCGGAGACGACAAGGAGAACACGCGCAUCGCCGUGCAGCGGUCCCUGUCGCGCCCCCGUCUCGGCCGCGGGGCCUCCUUGUUCGCGGCGGAGAUCGAGGCAUCUCCUUCCGGGCGAGGUACACCCUCGAGCGUGCGUUCGCCGCUCAAGGCCAUCCCGACCGGGGACGACGACGUCUUUGGGCCGUUCCUUGCGCCUACCGCCGCGAACGCGGUCGGCAGCCUGCAGGGGAGCCCGAUGAACCUAGAUGCAGACCUCGGUGGCGGUCUCGGUGGUGGGUUUGGCGGCGGCGGCGGCUUCUCCCAGUUCUUAACACAAGACGAGAACGCUCGAGGUUUCGAUCAGCUGAAAGCUGCUCCGGGACACGACGAUUUGGAGCUCACACAGGACGACUCUCUGCAGCCUGCACUAGACGUCAGCAGCUCUCUGAAGAGGCGAGUCGAGGAUGCGUUCCUGAAGGAGCAAGAACAGCUUCCUCACCCAGACUCGGCCCGUGGACACGAGCCCGUUACACAUGAAGACCCCGUCGCAAUUUGCCAAGGGCAUGAAGUUCUCCUCCCUGGAAGCAUCUUGGCCUCCUCGGUCAAGCGAGCCCCUCUAGGCACGCUCAUGUCCCAGAUCCCGGAUGAGGAUGAGGAUGAGGAGCGACCGAGGAGACUCCGGAAGCGCGACCACUCCACGUCUCCUGUGCGCGGGAGACUAAGCCCUCCCAAGUUCAAGAACGCGUUCGACGUUCUCGGCAAACCGCCAACCAAGGGGAAGAAGCCGCUUCGCUCAAGGAAGGAUGAGGACGACGACGAUGACGACGAGGAGCUGGACCAGAUUGACAAGGCGUUGGUUGAUGAUCGGCAUAUGACGGUCGACGAGGUGAACGAGGACGGGGAGUUGGACGACCAGGCGAACGAACGGCUUGCUCGGGAUGCUGCCGAGGGCAAGCUCCGCACGAAGCGGCGCGAUCGCGGUGUUGGUUUUGACUCCAGCGACUCUGAAUAUGAGAACGAUGGAGGACCUCGUCGUGCGAAGAAGCGAGGAAAGACAACGACAGCAUUGCCGCCCUCAGAAGACGCGGAGUCUGGUGAGAAGGACGGGGGCCAGCAGUCGAACACCGUCACUGUCGCAGAGUUGGACCAGGAAUUGCGCGAAGUCGCCAACAACAGCAAAGAGUUCGAAGAGUUCGAUCCCAAUGACCUCUCUUAUCUCGAGGAGAACGACGUCGAGGACGACGGAGCGAGGGAGAUGUCGCAGGAGGAGAUUGAGCGGCAACGUCUGGCCACCCAGAGAAGCUCGCACACUGACAACAUGGCUAAGUGGGCAAGCCGAGAGACCUCGUCACGCACAGCCGGCGUGGUCGGACGGAAUACGGGAGGAUCCGCUGCUGUCACGGGACAUGCCAAAUCGAAGGCCUCCGGCGGUGGCUCCUUCAAGUCCGCCUCUUCGGCCUCUGCCAGCGCGGGUCCCAAGCGGGGGAUGAAGAUUGGCAAGGCGCCCAGUAUGCUGACCGCAACGACAACGAGCAGGCGCGCGAAGUUCAAGUCAACAGACAGACCAUGA